AUGGUCAUCGAGUACGAUACUUACAGCAAGAAGUUAAUAUUUUUCUUAGAAGUUGAUAAGAAAGGCACUUUUCUUGGUUGCUUUGCUGACUCGAAGAGAUUCCGUACUCUUUCUGGACACCAGUACAAGUUUGUAAAGGAAAAUUCACCAAUAUAUUGCGUUGAUGCCUGCAUACACGCUGGAUAUAAAUAUGCUGGUAAAUUGCAGCUUUGGAUGUGCUUGACUGUAGUAGGCAGAAAUUUAGGUGUUGAAUACCAAAAUGAAUGUUAUUGUGGCGACGAGCUGAAGAACGUUUCAGAGUUACCGUUAAACAGUUGCCAAAAAUAUUUUUGUCCUUCAGAAAAAAGUGUUUUCUGUGGUGGUUAUGAAGCUGUUAGUGUUUACUCGACAGGUAUUCAGGAUAAGUCCACGAUAGUUGUCAAUUUUGUGGAUUCUCUAGAACCAAAAAACAUUAGCGCUCAAAUACUUUUUCUUCUACAGCUAAAUGGACGAAACUCGAGGCAGAUUCGGCGCUUGCUGCGUGCAAUUUAUUCUCCAAAACAUAUGUAUAUUAUUCAUGUGGAUAAGCGUCAACAGUUUCUUUUCAACGAAAUGAUCCAGCUUGAAAAACGGCUUAUUGUUUUGGGUUAUCGGAACUUUCAUGUUCUCAGAGAAAGAUAUGCUACCAUUUGGGGAGCUUCUAACCUUCUGACGAUGGUCCUUGACAGCGUUAAAAAGGCUUUCCGUGAUUUGGGAUGGAAUGGCUGGGAUUUUUUUCUGAAUCUUAGCGAAAGCGAUUUUCCGAUACUUUCUCUUAAUGAACUUGAACUUUAUCUUAUGAGCAACAAAAACUUGAACUUUAUGAGCAGCCAUGGUCAUGAUACUGGACGGUUUAUUGUGAAACAAGGACUCGAUUUCAUCUUUAUGCAAUGUGAAAACCGUAUGUGGCGUUUAGGGAAACGUUCUAGUUUUCCACGCAACGUGCGCCUUGAUGGGGGUUCAGACUGGCUGGUUUUAAGUCGUGAAUUUUUGAAUUAUUCUUUGUCAGAUGAUGAACUUCCUAAAAAGUUGCGGGAAACGUUUGCAACUAUUCUUCUCCCUGUUGAGAGCUUUUUUCACACACUAGCGUCUAAUUCACGCUUUUGCAAUCGUACAGCAAAAGGUAACUUGAAGAUUACCAAUUGGAAACGUAAGCAGGGCUGUCGUUGUGCUAUGUUGAAAAAAGUCGUUGAUUGGUGUGGCUGUUCUCCUUUAGCUUUCACUAGAGAUGACUUCGUUAAAUUCAACGAGAAAGCAGCCAAAAAAAAACCGGCCUUCUUUGCUAGAAAAUUUGAAGGACUUGUGAGCCAGGAAGCAAUUGCUAUAGCUGAAGUGAGGGCUUUAGCAGAUCGUCAACAUUUAAUUCCUAAGAAAGAUGUGUCUUUGAUGAAAACUUGGCUUAAUUAUUACUCGUCUUCUACGGAAUACUCAUCUUUAUUGAACGCGUGGGCCCAAGCUCUCUACGAAAUAGCUACUGGGAUAGGGCCAAUUGCUGCUGCUUGUAAAUUCGCAAAGCUAAUUAACUUAUUUGUUUACAAGGCUGAUGACCGCUCUGCUUUUCAAACGGUGGUUGAAAUGCGCUUGAGGUGUCAGUAUGAGAAAAAUGAGACAAUCCAGCUGUUAAUUGACGACAAGAAGCAUCUUACUUUUAUGAGCACUAACCUAGUCGGAGAUUUCUUUUUAACUGAUAUUCGUGUGGGAUCUAAUAAGGAUUUGAAAGAAGACAUUCUUCGAAGCUACAAUGGACCUCUCUCUGAAGUGAAUCUCAAAGUUCAUUUAAAGAAUUCUACAGCUUUGAAUUGUUCGCUAGGCGCUAUUUUACAGGAUGAUGAGGUGGUAGCUCAGUUUUGGUGGCGAAGCAGCCAAAGAGUGGUUGGCAACUUCACUAGUCCACGAGUCAGAGUAUAUUUCCGAAACUUCCAUGGCAAAGAGUUUUCUCAAGACCUUGCACCUUAUGACUCUAUACGCGGUGCUCAAUACGGAAUAAUGUCAGCUAACGAAACCAUCCCUGGCGAAUGGAGCAUGCAAGUUUCUGUUUUUAAUGGCACUGUUUCUCUUCCAGUUGCCUCCACAAAUUUUGUUUUGUUUUCAACUGGUACUCCGCUUGUUCCGGUCUGGCUUGUUCAGAAACACUAUCAAGUUUUGUCGGUGUGUUCGGAACGUAAGUUGAAAAUUUUACGAAUUUGCAAUGAAACUACUUGGAGUCCAAAUUCACCUGAUCCAAAGUCAGACUUUCCUGUGAAAUAA